AUGUGGCCUCUCCCACAUCCCGGAGCCACGGAUCUUUCAAAGGCCAAAUGCUGCAUAGGACCUAACCUUGCUGCAGACAGCCGAGUCGUCGUAACAGCGCGGAGCCGCGAACCAAACGCAGGACUUCAGCACAUCAACCAAGCAACCUUUGACACGGAAGGUGGUGAUCCAGCCACUGACGAGGGGCUCAAGAUGAUCUGGAAUGCAGAUGUUUUGGGCGAUCAGGGGCAGACGGGCAAAACGAAGGGUGUUGGCGGCUGGGCAGCGGGAGUGGCAGCGUGUUUUCCUCUUUCUUCCUCUUUCUCUCAGCCUUCUCUCAACUCGACCGUCGUCCCGUGGAGCCUCAAGAAAAAGUUUGCAUGA